UUCAACUCACUCCAUCAACACAACACGUACCCACCACCACCAGCAACAACAACAGCUCACCUCAAACCAAACCCCACGCGCGGUGUCCUCCUCGGCCGGCCAUUCCACAUGGCGGCGGCCGCCGAUGCCAAGCUCGUGCCAGUCGAACGGCUCGGGCAGCGCCUGGUGGCGCCGGCCGGGCCGACGCCGGACGGCCCGCUCCGCCUGUCGUGGCUCGACCGCUACCCCACCCAGAUGGCGCUCAUCGAGUCGCUCCACGUGUUCAAGCCCGACAUGGCGCGGCAGGGCGAUCGCCCGGCGAGCGCCGUGGAGCAGGCCCUCGCGACGGCGCUGGUGGAUUACUACCCGCUGGCCGGCCGCCUCGCGGUGUCCGACGCCGGCGAGGUGCAGGUGGACUGCAGCGACGGCGGGGUCUGGUUCAUCGAGGCUGCCGUCAGGUGCCGGCUGGAGGACGUGGACUACCUCGAGUACCCGCUCGCCGUCGACAAGGACGAGCUGCUCCCCCACCCGCGCCCCAAGCACAGCCGCGAGGACGAGAGCAAGCUCAUCCUGCUAGUCCAGGUCACCACGUUCGACUGCGGCGGCUUCGUGGUGGGGUUCCGGUUCAGCCACGCGGUGGCGGACGGGCCCGGGGCGGCGCAGUUCAUGGGCGCGGUGGGGGAGCUGGCGCGCGGGGCGGAGCACAUCUCUGUAGCGCCGGCGUGGGGCCGCGACGCGAUCCCGGACCCGGCGGGCGCGCUCGUGGGCGGCCUCCCGGACCCCGCGGGCGCCAAGCGGCUCGAGUACCUCGCCAUCGACAUCUCGGCCGACUACAUCAACCACUUCAAGGGCCAGUUCGCGGCGGCCACCGGCGGGGCCCGCUGCUCGGCGUUCGAGGUGCUCAUCGCCAAGGCGUGGCAGAGCCGGACCCGCGCCGCGGGCUUCGACGAGGACUCGCCAGUGCACCUCUCCUUCGCCAUGAACGCGCGGCCGCUGCUCCACGCCCGCCUCCCCGCCGGCUUCUACGGCAACUGCUACUACAUCAUGCGCGUCUCCUCCACGGCCGGCAAGGUGGCCGGCUCCACCAUCACCGACGUCGUCAAGAUCAUCAAGGAGGGCAAGAAGCGGAUGCCGUCGGAGUUCGCGCGGUGGGCUGCCGGCGAGAUGGCCGGCGUCGACCCGUACCAGAUCACCUCCGACUACCGGACUCUGCUCGUCUCCGACUGGACGCGGCUGGGCUUCGCCGAGGUGGACUACGGGUGGGGGCCGCCGGCCCACGUCGUGCCACUGACAAACCUGGACUACAUCGCCACGUGCAUCCUGGUGAAGCCGUGGGUUCACAAGCCAGGCGCGCGGCUCAUCACGCAGUGCGUGACGUCCGACCGCGUCGCCGCUUUCCACGACGCCAUGGUGGACACCAGCUAGCUCACCACUGCACUCGUUGUUCGUUGGUUCCCUUCUUUUUUUCAGCGCUAUAUAUAUAGUCGCCCAUGCUGAAAUUACAGCUUGGUUAUUAGUAGCAACAACUUAAUUGUAUAAUAGUAUCGGAGUUGUAAACUAAGCAAGAAUAAUGGCCAACUGGUAGCGACGAAAAGUGUAAAAAGGAUGAAAAAAGAGUAUGUAUUAUACUAAUAUUAAUUAUAGCUAGGUUUGGAAGCGGCAUCCCGCGUAGCUCACGAAAGCAUUAUCUGGUUCAAA